GAUAAAUGACGACUUUGUAGGAGGAGCCUAGGCGUUCAAAAUGCAAACAGAAGAUCUGAUUCUUCUCAACGUUCGCUGAUUUAUUGUCCUGGUCGGUUGUCUUGUAACAGUUACUCUUGUUUUUAUAUAGCUUCCCUCAUCUCCAUUUUAUUAUACACAUUAAAUCUGAUGCAUUUUAUAAUGCUCCUUUGUUUUAGUUCUGAAGGUUUGCUGCGAGAUACUCACCCCUUUUGUGACCAACACUCUUUCCGGGGAUUUGAAUCCUAGUUUUUGUCAAAAUAUAAAAAAUGGACGAAUGAAGAUUUAAAUGCGGCGCGACUCGAAGUAUUUCUUUGUGUUUCGAUACCGACAGGUAAGGGUGUUCGCCGCCCUGGGAAAAUCUGGCCAACAUCAGGAUUGCUAUGAAGUACCAUGGACUCGCGGAGAGCCAGCGGCUGGCGGAUUUGCUGGAGGACGCGCUCGCCAAGGAAAAGCGUCUCUGGAAGGUGCCCGUCUUCAAAAACGGCCAAAUCCUAGGUACGGAUAUCUCACAGUUCCAAUAUCAAGAGGUGAUCUUGUGGCUGGGUAAACUGAGCAAAUUGUUUAGGUUUUACCCGGAGACCUGUGCGCUUGGAGUAUGUAUCCUCAACAGGCUUCUGGCUUCAGUGAAGGCACAGCCCAAAUAUCUACGAUGUAUUGCAAUCACCUCCCUGAUACUUGCUGCUAAAGUCAACGAAGAAGAUGAGGUGAUUGCGUCGGUGAAGGACCUUGCGGCGCGGAGCGGAUGCAACUUUUCGACGGCGGAGAUCCUUCGCAUGGAGCGGAUCAUUCUAGAUAAACUGCGCUGGGACCUUUACACUGCAACGGCAAUCGACUUCAUUCACAUCAGGAAGAGACUGCACCACACUGCUUGGCCGGCUUCAGAAAUGGCUUUCUUUGAAUCCUUUUGAAAGUAAACGUGAUUGCGUCUGUACUUCAAAAUUUCACCCUCACAGAACUGUCAUUUAUAUCCCGUGUUCAUUGUUGUAUGAUUAAUUCCUACUUCAGUUCAUCAUUUACAAACGACACCAACAUCAUACAAGUAUAGUACAGUUUAAAAAAAAAAAAAGGGAAAAUACAUUUCAUUCAAUUACCUUGUAAACAGACUACGGAAAUCUCUAUUCUUUAUCCAGCAUCUCGGCAACUUUACAGAAAAUCAGUAACACGUAGAAAACAGAUUCUUGUACAAUACACCUGUCAACCGUUUCUGUUUUAUGGCACAAAGGACUGCGUAUAACAGUUCGGUAACACCCUGAAUGCACAGAAAACCGCGUAGCCGCGGUUUCGACUUUACACGCUUUGAUUCCUCACGCGUUUCGUCCUAGGCUCUUGAUCUUUAACUGCUGCACCACCACAUUCCUCACGAAAGUUGCUUGCUUUUUUAAAAAUAAUGCUGAUCAAGUGGCGAUGGUGGUGUGUGGUCUUUUCAAUGAUAUGAAUGGUGGAUAGUGGACACCACAUCUAAACCUUUCCUCCACAGUUUUUAUUAAUUUAAAUUUUUUUUUUUGUUGUUGUUGCUGAAAGUAUGUGAUAAUCAUGGAUUUCAGCAACUGUGGUUCUACUGCACCAUUCGCAUUGAUAUGUUACACAACAAACCCAUAAAACUAAGCAUGUUUCCUUUUUUAAAAAAACACACGGCUUAUUUGCUAGAUUUGAAAGCUUACAAAAGCCAGAGUAAACUUUUUUUUUUUUUUUUUUUAAGAUUUCAACUAGAGAAACAACAUUUCAACAAGAGGAACAAAUCUGGUAGAUGCAAACAGAGACAAUAGCCAAACCAGGAAUCAGAAAGAUAGGCCAUCCAGUCAGUUAGUUCAAGGGUGUCCGAUCUUAUCCAAAAAGGGCCAGUGUGAGUGCAGGUUUUUGUUAUAGUGCAGCACUACAAAACCUGAUUCAACUAAUUAACCAAUCAUGGCCUUCAAUCAAGUGGAAUCAGGUGUCUUGGUGUU